AUUUCGUCUCGCCAUGGGUCAGAACAUGGCGAAGAAAGAACUGGCCCGGGGAGAGAAGUUCUACAUGGAUCAGCGCUUCGACGAGGCCGUGGAGGAGUGGAGGAAAGUCUUGAAGAGGAUGAAAAAACCGGAGGAGAAGUUCACCCUCAGCGGCCGGAUAUGCCUGGCUCUUUGCGACGUGGGGAAAUUUCGAGAAGCGUUGACGUACGCUGGCGAACAAUGCGAGCUGGCGAAUUCUAUCAACGACCCGGUGCUGAAAUCCGAAGCGUUUUUUCAUCUGGCGUUGUGCAAUGAGAAAUCGUGCGAGUUCAGUAAAGCCAUUUCUUACAGUAAACGUUCCCAGUUGACCCAUCCGACCAAGUCUCCGUUUUUAGGAUAUAUAAAUUUGUGUAUAGGCAACGCCUACUGUGGUACCAGCGAGUUUCUGAAAGCGUGGAAUAGUUACGUCUUGGCUAUGGACGAGGCUAAGCUGAGCGGGGAUAAGCUGUUGGAGAUUCUGACGUCUGCCAAGAUGGGAGCCUUGUUUUGCUGCCUGGGGGACUACGAGAGCUGCAUCGCUUACUGCAACAACUCCAUGGACCUCAUAGGUGACCUCAUGGACGAUGACCCCAACCUCAAGUACCGCCGGCAGGUCUCCGUCUCCAUAGCAACGGCCGUCAAGAAGAUGGGCCGGUAUUCGGAGGCUAUGGACAGCUGUGAGGAUGCGAUGCAGUUAGCCAUGCGUCUCAAUGACAGACCCGUUCAGGCGCGGUGUCUGUAUCUCUUCGCCGACAUUCACCGGAAGCGGAAUGAUAUAGAGAGGGCCAGCCCGAGGUACGAGUCAGCCUCCAGCAUUAUGUCCGAGAUCGGAGACAGGCUGGGGCAGGUGGAGGUGUUGGGGGGUAUGGCUAAGGCAGCAGCGUGUCUACGGGACUAUGAGAAGGCUAUUGAGCUGAAUGAAAAAGCUUUAGAGCUAGCUACAAAGGUUGGAACUAAGCUGGAAAUGCUCCGCUGCCACGCCCGGCUCCAGCUACUCAGCGAGGUAACCGGUGACGACAUCAAAGUACGACGUCACGCCAGCGUCAUCAGGCAACUGGUGCUAGAGAUGGAUCUCUUCUGUGGGGUGUGUGGGGACAUCAUCGGCCAGACCCCGGAGCGACUAGAGCCCCUCAGUUGUGGGCACUUUGUUCACGCCAGAUGUGCCGUCCAUCUAGCAAGGUCCACCCUAGGUCGGAGUGGCAAGAGACGACCGUGUCCAGCUUGUAGGAGGAAUGCGUCUCUAAACCCAGCAGAACUUCCAACAUAG